GUGGAAUUCAGCGACAGAAUUACUGGUUGUCUAUGUGUUACAUGUUAACUAACCCGAUUCUUGAAUGGGCUACGUUUACAUCAUUCUCGUAUAAUUUAGGGAUCUAAAUUCAGACAAUUUCCAACUACAAUGCAAAAUUGAUUUCAAAGAUUUUGGUGGAAUAAAACAUCAACGAUUUUCAUUUGCAACAUAUUCUCAUAAGAACAAUGACGAAUAAAAUAAGCCUUUCUUUCAAAAUAAACGUAGUCAGAUGUUAAUGAAAGUACAAAGUAGCUAUCCGGUCAACAUUCAACAUUUCAAAAUACAAAAACAAACUCUGAAAAUGGAAUUAAAUUUAAAUGAUUUUAUUCAUUAGUAUUGCGCAAGAGUAUGUGGUUUUGACAAGUUUAUCAACUAUAGAUAAAUACUAAUAAGUAUCUUCGGUUCGACCAGUUUUUGAUUACCACAUGUGAUAUUGUAUGCGCUCUAGACCCUAUGCAUAUUCCUCUGUUUGACUUUCUAAAAUCCGGUAAAUUACUUGCACAAAUAUUACAAUUAAACGUUAAACAAACAAUUAUUUAUCUCAGCCUUCAAGGUAAUACAUUUUCCUCUCUACUUCAAAGAACAUUCAACAGGACGCCAAUCAUGGAUAUCUCAGUACCCAUGUCUUUGAAACCUUACCAAAAGGAUUUUUACUAUAUCCUAAAAUGAUCAGGAAACUCUGUUUAGGUAUGCGCCAUCCAUAUCACGACAUAAAUGAUUAUUUCCUCGAGGACAACAUUGAGGUAAAAGAACCAUUGGAUUUGUUCCACAAAUGGUUCCAGGUGGUGAAGACCGACACUAGGACAGUUGAACCCAAUGCAAUGUGUCUGUCAACAUGCACAAAGGAUGGAUAUCCAUCAGCAAGAUUUGUCCUAUUAAAAGGGUAUAGCAAAGAAGGUUUCAUAUUUUUCACACACUAUAGUAGUCGGAAAGGACAACAGUUAGCAGAAAAUCCGAGAGCUGCUUUGACCUUUUACUGGGAACAUUAUAGUAGAUCGGUAAGAAUUGAGGGGGAUGUAGAGAAGCUUCCUUUGAGGAUGCAGAUCAGUACUUUAGAAACAGACCUUAUCAGAGUCAGAUUGGAGCUCUAUGUAGUGAUCAAAGCAAAUCUGUAUCUAGCAGAAAUGAGAUAG